AUGACUGCUCGUGGUUCGGCACGUAAUUCACGUUUAAAUAAAAGAAGAAAAACGGUAAAACUACGUGGUAAUGUAUCACAUGGUCACGGUCGAGUUGGAAAACAUCGAAAACAUCCUGGUGGUCGUGGUAAUGCUGGUGGUCUUCAUCACCAUCGAACAUUGUUCGAUAAAUUUCAUCCAGGUUAUUUUGGAAAAGUGGGUCAACGAGAAUUUCAUAUGUUGAAAAAUCGUAGUUGGUGUCCAACAGUUAAUCUGGAUCGUUUAUGGUCACUUGUCACAAAACGUACACAAGAAAAAUAUGAAACAAAUGAAACAAAAUUAGCACCAGUUAUCAAUGUUUUAAGAGCUGGUUAUUUUAAAGUAUUGGGUAAAGGUGUAUUACCCAAACAUCCAGUGAUUGUUAAAGCAAAAUUAUUUUCAAAACGUGCUGAAGAAAAAAUUAAAGCUGCUGGUGGUGCUUGCAUACUAUUACCAUAA